UGGGGGAAAUAAAGCUCUUUUUUUCUGGUUCUCUAAUCAGUAGGCUACUCCUCUUAUAAGUUCUUUCAUAUUCAUCUGGUGAAUCCUAUUUUGUUAAAGGUACUGAUUUCAUCAUAUUGACUUUUUGUUGAUUGUUCUGUGCAUAGGGGAGAUGGCAUUGCUUGUUGAAGGUUUGGCGGUUGGUAAUGAUCCAUCAAUAGAAGAGUAUAUCAUUGGUCCAGCUAAUGAGCUUACUGAAGAUCAGGAGCUGACUACUGAUAAAGAUCAUAUGAAGUUGUAUGGCCCAGAGGAAGGCCUCUCGUGGGUGGCAAAGCCAGUUCCUGCCCAGAGUAGUCUCGCUCUUGUGUCCAGGCAAGGGAGCAUGGUGCAGCAGAGUGUGCCUCUUAUGGAUCCUCUUGUGACUCUAUUUGGUAGCAUCCAUGAAAAGCUCCCUGAUACAGGAAGUAUGAGAAGCAUGCUAUUCCCCAAUUUCGGCAGCAUGAUCAGCACCAUGGAUCCUCACAUCAAAGAUGAUCACUGGGAUGAGGAGAGUCUGCAGAGAGAAGGUGACCGUUAUCCUUCAGAUGGUAGCGGUGCAGACUCUGAUGACAAUCUACAAAGUCCAUUGAUAUCACGUCAAACAACCGCCGUAGAAAACAUGGUCCCUCCUCCCCAUGGCAGCACUCUGAGCGUGAGACGGCAUAGCAGCCUCAUGCAAGGCAAUGCUGGAGAAGGGGUAGGCAGCAUGGGAAUUGGUGGCGGUUGGCAGUUGGCAUGGAAAUGGUCUGAGAGGGAAGGUGAAGAUGGAAGUAAGGAAGGAGGUUUCAAAAGGAUAUAUUUGCAUCAGGAGGGUGUCCCUGGCUCUCGGCGUGGGUCACUUGUUUCAGUUCCUGGUGGUGAUAUUCCUGAAGAUGGUGAAUUCAUACAGGCUGCUGCUUUGGUAAGUCAGCCUGCACUUUACUCCAAGGAACUUAUGGGUCAGCAUCCCGUUGGACCAGCGAUGGUCCAUCCAUCUGAAACUGCGUCAAAAGGUCCCAGUUGGGCUGCUCUUCUCGAACCAGGAGUCAAAAGUGCGCUCAUUGUUGGAAUUGGAAUUCAAAUAUUGCAACAGUUUUCUGGUAUAAAUGGAGUGAUGUACUACACUCCUCAAAUUCUUGAGCAGGCAGGUGUAGGAGUUCUUCUUUCUAACUUUGGCAUUGCAUCAGACUCAGCAUCCUUCCUCAUCAGUGCGUUAACAAACUUUCUGAUGCUCCCUUCUGUAGCUAUUGCAAUGCGAUUCAUGGACGUUGCCGGCAGAAGGACACUUCUGCUGUACACUAUCCCAGUUCUCAUACUAUCCCUCAUCUUGCUUGUCAUCGGUAAUACUGUGAACCUCGGGAGUGUGGCUCAUGCUGUAGUUUCUACUGUUUGCGUGAUUCUCUACUUUUGCUUCUUUGUAACUGGCUACGGACCAAUCCCAAAUAUCCUCUGCGCGGAAAUCUUUCCCACGAGGGUUCGUGGUUUGUGCAUUGCCAUAUGUGCUCUGGUUUUCUGGAUAUGCGAUGUCAUUGUGACGUACACACUGCCCGUGAUGCUCAGUUCGAUUGGCUUAGCUGGAGUGUUCGGUAUUUAUGCCGUUGUAUGUGUCAUUUCUUGGUUUUUUGUCUUCUUGAGGGUUCCUGAAACCAAAGGCAUGCCCUUAGAAGUCAUUACAGAGUUUUUCGCUGUUGGUGCAAGACAAGCUGCUAUGGCGAAGCACGAGUAGUUUUAAGGCAUCUUCAGUCGGAUAACUUGUAGAAAAUAAGAUUUAUUAUUUCUCUAGGUUCAUUUUAUAUCCCUUUAGCUCUGUGAUUUCUCAUUUCGUUUAUGUUCAGAAGUUGUAUACCAUUUUAUGCAUGACUAUGUCCAUAUAGUAGAAUCUCUAAAUUGAUUGUUUUCAUUUGAUUUCCAAAAGGUAGGAAAAUUUGCUCA